UCAUAAACACCCUUUCAUCCCAAUACGUAAGAUUGUAAAUCCUUAAAGCGUCUUUCCAAAGAGAACGAACUCACCAGUGAUAGCCAAACCAUUCUCCGGUGGAACACCUCAAUAAUUAGGGACAAUCGCUUCACCAUGUUGAAACACCAUAUUGACCAGUUUGCGCAUAUUGAAAUAACGUGUGGAUUAUUUCUAGAUGAACUUCAGAAAAUAUGGGAUGAAGUUGGAGAGCCUGAAGGCGAUAGGGAUACAGUGCUGCUUGAAAUUGAACAAAAGUGUUUGGAGGUAUAUAGGAGAAAAGUAGAUGCGGCCAAGCACUGUAGAGCUCAGCUACAACAAGAAAUUGCUGUGUCUGAGGCAGAACUUGCCGACAUCCGUUCUGCAAUGGGUGAGCAGUCACCACAUCGUGAUAGGAAGGCUGGUGGAAGCUUGAAGAAAGAGCUUGACACCAUUGUUUCACAACUGGAGGACAUCCGGAAACAGAAAAUUGAGAGAAAGAACCAGUUUGCUGAAGUUUUACAUCAGAUUCGGAAUAUUUCAAAUGAGUUUUGGGGUGAUUCAGAGGGUAAUCUGUACAAGGCAAUUCUUGCUGAGACUGACUUGUCCGUGAGAAGGCUAGAAGAAUUACGCAAACAGUUGCUUAAACUUCAGAAUCAGAAGAGCAACCGUUUGAAGGAGGUGUCAGACCAUCUGAACACCCUAAACUCACUUUGCUUGGUCCUUGGUAUGGAUUUGAGACACAUAGCUGGUGAAAUCCACCCCAGUUUCAAUGAUUCGAAAGGAACAAAAGAUGUAAGUAAUCAAACAAUUGAGAAUUUGGCCGCUGCAGUGCAAAAUUUGAAAGAGGUCAAGAUUCAGAGAAUGCAGAGGCUUCAAAAUCUUGCAAGUGCCCUUUUGGAGAUGUGGCAUUUGAUGGACACACCAACGGAGGAUCAACUGAUGUUUCUGAACAUAACGAGUAAAAUUGCUGCCUCAGAACCUGAAAUUACCGACCCUAACUUGCUUUCUGUAAACCUCCUCAAUAAUGUUGAGGCAGAAGUGUCGAGGCUGGAGCAGCUAAAAUUAAGUAAAAUGAAAGAACUCGUCAUGAAAAAGAAGGUGGAACUAGAGCAGAUAUGCAGCCAGAUGCACAUUGUCACAGAAGCAGUUAAUGCAAUGGAAUAUUCAGUUGAAGCUUUGGAGUCUGGAGCGGUGGAUCCAAUGUACCUAUUGGAACAAAUUGAGCUUCAAAUUGCAAGAGUAAAAGAGGAAGCCUUGAGCAGGAAAGAAAUACUUGAGAAGGUUGAGAAGUGGUUGGUUGCAUGUCAAGAAGAGAGCUGGCUUGAGGAGUACAACAGGGAUGAAAAUCGCUAUAAUGGUGGAAGAGGUGCGCAUCUUACUUUGAAACGCGCUGAGAAAGCUCGUGCUUUGGUAAACAAAAUUCCAGCAAUGGUGGAGGUAUUGACGUCAAAAACCAAAGCUUGGGAGGAGCAAAGAGGAAAUAAAUUCUUGUAUGAUGGUGGACGCCUGCUUUCUAUGCUUGAACAGCACAGCAUUUUAAGGCAAGAGAAAGAGCAAGACAUGCAGAGGCAGAAAGAUCAGAAGAGAGUCCAUGGACAGCGGAUAGCCGAGCAGGAAGCACUUUAUGGGUCCAAACCCAGUCCAUCAAAGAGUGGAAAGAAGGCUUCUGGAACUCCCAGAGAAGUUGCUACUAACAGAAAAUUCUCACUUGGUGGAGCAAUGCUUCCAAACCCAAAACCCGACAAAUCUGCUUCCCGUCUGCAUCCCAGCAAGAAGGGUGACUUUUUGAAUCAGAAGAGCUCCCUGAGUCACCAGCAACAUAGUGGUUUUGCAGCUCUACCCCCCGAAUCAGGUAGGAGAACCUCACAGAUUCCUGCUUAUUCAGUAAAGAAGCAUUCCUCCUUCGCUGCAAACGCACCUGAAAAUGAGUCGCUGAUGGUCCGAAAGCCGCUUUCUCCUGUUUCUCCCCUUGUGUUGUCGAAGGGCAACCGUGAUAAUUCCCUAGAAGAUCAGAAGACGACACGCACUUCGUCAUCACAAAAAACUUUUCCACAUAGCGAGUCACUACUGGGAACACCUUCCAAAUGGAUUGCUGUUUGCGAUGAAGAAAACAGAACCCCAAAGACGAUGCCGAUUCCAAUGCCAACUACUCCAUCAUCAGUGUCGAUUCCUAUGAUAACGGCCACAACACCAGCUACCCAGUGUCUUUCUCUAGGUGCUAUCAUGCUUGAAAACAAUGAUCAACCAAUUGAAUACUCGUUCGAAGAGGUUAGAGUCGGUUUCAUCCUUCCUAAAACCUCUUGUCACUGAUGCUAAUCUGACAAUUAUAGCUAUUAAGAGUGACCUUCCAUCAAAAUUACAAGAAUUCAUAGUCCUUUCUUGAUGACAAGUUCAUGCAUAUAUAGGAAUUUGAUAUUCUAUUGUCGAGGAUUUAACACUUUGGCAAUAUAUGAUAUGACAAACGGCA